UCGGGUGGGUCUAAGUGCCGUCCAAUCAAGAGCUAGAGUUGUCUUCUAGGUUGGUGUUUGCCUACAGUUGCGACAUCCUUUUUUUUCUUCCUUCCAAAUGAGUUUGCUUUACUCUUAAGAUCUUCUAACUAGUCCAUUUCAAUUCCAUCCAUCUUGUUUGUCGCUCGUUAUUCGUGCUCGUGUAGCGUGUUUUGCUAGUUAUUACUUGUGUACUUCGUACCUAUUUCGUACCUAUUGAAUGGUGGAAUUAAAUCGGCGCUGGGAAUAAGUCAAAUGGCGAAUGAGUCAAGGUCCUACCUGUGUGGUUUAUUCCGCAUCGGACCAAGGCCUGCCCCAAGGCCGGCUGGAGAUGAUGGACUACGAGGAGUCGAAUUCUCUCCGAGGUCCUCCAUCGCAAGUUCGGUGGCUCCUACUGUUGUCACAUCACCCCUGUCACAGCUGGGCCGUGCCACAACAGUCCUCGAUAACCCGGAAUUGGCUGGAUAUUACUCGCCUCCAGGACCUCGGGCGAUGCUUCCACCAAACCCGUCCCAGGAAUUAAGGGGCUACUAUGCCCCUGAGCCGGUUCUGGCUCCCGCUGUACAGCCGAGGAUCCAUCCUACGAAGGUGGCAUAUUCGUGAACUUAUAACCUAGACAUUUCUCUAUCUUGCGAACAUACGAUCAUCAUACCCCUAUUUAUCCGAUCAUUAUGUUUUCCUAUUGAGCGGAGCAAUGCCAUAUAUACGGAACAAGAAAUUGGUUUGGGGGUUUAUUCAGCGUUACAAUUUACAUCACAAGAAAGCCUCCUGAGGGAUUGUUCGUCUCAUUGAUAGGUUAGGUGCUUAUAACCUUACGAUGUAAGCUCUCCGCAGUGACGAGCCACUUUAAAUAUUUAGGUACGCUAGGUAUUCCGCGUGGCCCAGGUUAUGAAGCUGAGAAUCUAUCGAAUUUC